AGAAAUAAUGAAGGGAAGAUAUCAAGGGCCACUAUUUAUCCAUGGAGGUAGCCUUUCAUUGGUCCAAAUUAGCCAAAGACAAAAGCUCCAAAUAUACAUCAACUAGCUGUGUAUCUUGCAUGGGAAAUGAAAAACCUCUCCACUAAAUUCCAUCGGCAUAGUCACCACCACACACAAGAAUCUGAAAACCACGAAAAAGAAGCCAUAGAGGAAGAACAAGAACAACAAGAAGAAAAAGCUAGGUGUGAAUGGGAUUUCAGUCUCACAACAAUUGUUUCAUCAGGAAACAACAAUAUCAGUAGUACUCCAGCCAUAUCGGAUGCUCUAGGGGUGAUUGAAUUCGACCAGACGAACAGCAUCAUUGCCACAGGUGGAAUAGCAAGAAAGAUAAGAAUUUACAACUUCAAGUCUUUGUUUGCACAUGAAAAUACUAGCCAAAAUGCGCACGAAAUUACUUGCUUAGACCAUGCUAGGGCUUGUGACUAUUAUAUUUGUACCCCAGCUAAGCUUAGUAGCAUCCGAUGGAAACCCAGUUCGGACGGGCGGGUUCUAGGGUCCGGAGACUACGACGGGGUGGUGAUGGAAUAUUGUCUUGAGAGGAGAAUACCAAUCUUCGAACGAGAUGAACAUGGCGGGCGACGGGUUUGGAGUGUGGACUACUCACAUUGGGAUCCGGUUUUGGGUGCAUCCGGGUCGGAUGAUGGAACCAUGCAAAUGUGGGACACACGUUGCGAGAGUGGGGAGGGCGUGGCUACUGUUCAGCCUGGUGUGGGUCGCAGUGCCGUGUGUUGCGUGGAGUUCAAUCCAUUUGGUGGACCAAUAGUAGCCGUCGGAUGCGCUGACAGAAGGGUAUACGGGUACGACAUUCGAAUGACGGGUGACCCGGUAUUUGUUCUUGAUGGGCAUAGGAAGACCGUGACGUACAUUAAAUUUCUCGAUAAUGUUACAUUGGUGUCUGCUAGCAUUGAUGGAUGCUUGAAGCUAUGGGAUUCGGAUAAUUCAAACGUAAUCCGGUCAUACAAGGGGCACGUCAACAGCCGGAGCUUCAUCGGAUUGUCAGUGUGGAGGAAUGGAGGCUUAUUAGGGUGUGGGUCAGAAAACAAUAAGGUUUUUGUGUAUGACAGAAGAUGGGGCGAGCCAAUAUGGGUUCACGAGUCUAACCCAGUGGGUAGGGAUGGGUGUGGCGGCGGGUUCGUUAGCAGUGUGUGCUGGAGGCAAGUGGAGGAAGACCAGUGCACGCUCGUGGCAGGAGGAUCAGAUGGGGACUUGCAAGUUUUUCAAGGCAGAAGGAAGUCAUAGCUAGCUAGACGUACGUCGACAAGAAGAGUUCUUCUGGUACUGAUCUUUGUCUACUGAUCAUUAGACAUUUGGUUAGAGAAUUAACUUUCAUAGAAUUAAAACAGUAUUUCUGUCGUGUUUUGAUCAAUGUUUUGCCGAUGAUCCUAUGAUACAUCAUCAAUCGAGUUUAAUUUGUACUGAGUCAUGCGAUGAUACAUGGUGCCUCGAGAUAGGAGUUUUUGAGAAGGAAGGAAGAAGAUAAGCAUUCAAAUUAGAAAUGUUCUCUCU